AUGUUCUGCCAGGCAGGGUUAUUGUUGUUUGUGCUUGGAAGGCUUUGGGCUGGACUUCUCCUGCCAGUUGUCUGUUUUGCACAUUCAGGCCUUCCGCUGGUUCUGCGCAAUUCCUUACGCAUCGCUUUUCCCACGUUGGCCUGCGAAACGGUUCGUUCAGAUGUGUCGUCAACCGUGUCGAAUCUUUCACUUCUUGGUGUUUUGCUGGUGGUACAGAGCUUUGCUUGCACAGGCUUGGCCGUUGUGGCUCUGGCAGCGGCGCACAUUGGACUUACCUCGCUUUCACAGACUCAUGCUUGCACAGGGGCCUUGCUGGCAACAUGUGGGGCAGUUGGGGUGGAUUCUUUCCUCUUUGUGCUUGACCUUGCCGAAUUGGGCUCCUCCCUGUUACUCAGGAGGAUGGCUUGUUUGGCAAUGCUGGUGUCGUCAUGUGGGCAUGCAAGCUUGGGUUUGUUUCUGCUUGCUCUUGGCUUUUCGCAGCUGGAGUUUCUGUUGCUGCCGCAAGCCUUUGCAUGGACAGGUGCUUCUGUGGCGGUGCUUGGUUCCUGCCAGCCAGGCGUUCCCCUGUUCCUGCGCAGCACCUGCCGAGCAGCACCCCCCAUGCCAUUCAUGGGGCUCCUCCAAGUCGGAUCAAGCUUGGCUGCUUUGGGCAUGUCAAGCUUGGAGUCGAGCACGCCGGUGCGCAGCCCCGCUCGCUUGGGUUUCCCCUUUCCCUUCUUUGGCUUGGCUUGGCCUGGCAGCUUGCUGCUGGCACCCGGGUUUGCCCACCUUGGCAGCCCAACCGCGAUUCGAUCAGCGCUGAGGUUGGGCUCUUCAGCCUCUUUCAUUGGCAACUGCAACUUUGAAGGUGCCAUGUCUGCUUUGGAUUAUACAACCUGUGGUGCCUUGUCGUCAGCCCGUGGCUCUGCCUGCCUAGAAUUAACGUUGUUGCCACCGGGGUUGUCCUAUUCAGAAUCUGCAACCUCGGCACUUGACCUUUCCCAUCUUGCAAUCUUCUUGUUGCUACAGAGUUGGAGCCAUCCCAGUGCGCCACUAUUGCCGUGUGGCAUUUGUUACGUGGGAUCACCUCCUCCUGCCCUCGACUAUCUGCCGGUAGCUUCUUCAGUCUCCUUGCAAGGCUUUGCACGUAUUGGGCCAGCAGCGCCUGCCCCUGCAGCAGCGCACAUGGGUGCCUUGAUGUCAUCAAAGUGUUACGGCCAUCCAGCAGCAUCCUCGUUUUUGUAUGGAAUGGGUUGUUCGGAGUCCUUCACUUCGCUGCCGAGUUGUGACUUGGCUGGCUCGCCGAUGUCACUUCAGAGCCCUGCUCACGUGGACCCAGCCGCCUUUGUGCUCAGCCCUUCUCAGAUUGGCAGCCCGCCUUUGUUGCGCACCUCCUUGCAACUGGGUGCCAGCUCAGCGCUGAAUGGCUGCUACGGCACAGGCAAAUCUCUGCUUGCUCUUGACUUUCUCCACCCAGAGUUUGCCUUGGCGCUGAGGAGUCUCUCUUGGUUUGGCUUCGCCCCUGCAGCCUUGGACGCCACGAAUCUGGCAAGCCCGCUGCCGUCAAGGAACUGCUGCAGACUGGGACCGCCCUCGCCCACGUUGGGUGCAACUUUAGAGUUUGCAGUCACCGUAUUGGAUGUGACACUGCUUGAUACAUCCUCGGCUUUGCGGCAGCCUGCUUGA